UUUCCGAGAAAUCGAUUGACGGGAGUUGGCGCGCCUACGGGUAUACGGAAGCGCGCGCGCGCACGGCACUCUCUACGAUUGUUUGAGUGGUUGCUUUCCUCUAGGUCUUACGUCCGGACGCUACUUUUCCCCACCUCCUCCCCCGGGUGUUGACGACAGAACCUAGCUAUAUACCUAAGAGUAUGACCAGGGCUUCCGUCUAUCCCGUGAACCGUCGCGAGCUGCUUCGCCUGUACUAUUAGACACCCUCACAUUCAUAUGUCGGUGUCGCGUCGAGCGUUGAGAUGACCCGAAAUCCUUUACGGAGUAGCGUGCCUGCUUGGGUGGAGCUCUACGACGAACAUGCUCAUGGCUCUCGGCGGCAGAGAGAUGCUAAUCCCCCUCCACCCAGCGUCCGCCCUGAGCAGAGCAAAGGAAGCCGGCAACUUAAGCGCAGGGUUUCCAAGGAUGGCUUUGUCGACUGGGUCGACGAGAGACAGGGCAAUGUGUCCAAGCUCCCUGUCUUCCUCAGAAAACGCGCCGACAAACCGGGACGGCGAUGGGACCAUUUGCGCACGGCGGAACCCGUUAUUAUGGGACUCGGAUACCGGGCGCCGAAUGAAGACCCAUAUCAGAGAUGGAGAGAUUUUGUCCGGUCCUCCUCCUAUGGCCGAAGCCCUAAUGAGUUGUACGAGGUAGUGUCGUACAACGUUCUUGAGCAGCAGAUGCCAGGUCUCGAUAAGCCGGUACGGACUCCCCUUCAUCCCCUAGAUCCGAAGAUCAAGAAACAGUCCCGGAAGGACACCUUGGCUAUACGCUCCGGAGAUUUUGUGCUACGGCAUCCCAUCGCGCCUCUCAUCUUCCGCCUCGUAGUCUUGAUCACCACAAUUGCCGCCCUUGCCCUGGCAUCCAACAUUUUCCAGAGGGAGAAGGAUCCGGCCGAUCCCACCAGCAAUGCCCCCGAAACGUCGCAGGCAAUCGUGGCUAUCGUCAUCGACGUGGUGGCCAUCCCUUAUAUUCUAUACAUGAUAUGGGACGAGUACACGGGGAAACCUCUGGGAUUGCGAGCACCGGCACAAAAAGUGUCGCUCACCCUUCUGGAUCUCGUUUUCAUCGUCUUGAAAUCUGCUAGUACUGCACUAGCGUUCGAAGCGUUGGUUUAUCAUAGCGGCGAUGGGUUAUCGACUGAUCCCCAUCUGGCAGCAAUGGGAAAAGUGUCUGUGCAUUUAGCGAGAGGGCUCGCGGCGUUGACGCUGGUGGGAUUGAUCGCCUGGAUUCUGAAUUUCACCAUAAACGUAUUCCGGCUCGCAGAGAAGCUCGGGGGGAUAGAUAAUGUACAUGAAAAAUGAGCCAGGCAAGUAGCUCAUGAAUACAACGAAAAACCGGAUCGAAUAUUACCCCUGCCCGAUAUGGGGCUGCGACGUCUUCCUGCUUGGCUUCUUUCAGUAAGAGGAGCGUCCAUUCAUCCAUCGAGUAUUGACAGCAAGAUAUAGGAUCGGGGUAGGCAAAAAGGUCGGGACGACGACAAGAGACGUCUAAGUGGGGGCCCGCGGGUGGGCGUCCUCGAGACGGCAAACUCAUCGAAGAAAGCCCUAGCGAGGUGGGAAUGAGGUUCAACAGUACCUUCCUACCUACCUAACGCAAUUGGCACGCCUUCUGCACCUUAGGAACAUAUCAUGCGCAAUAGAGGUUGGGGUUCAUCCAUACACUCAACUUGCCUUUUGUAUAUAUCUCGGUCGCAUUUAUAGGUGCUUCCAAUGCAUGCUGCUUGGUCUGGGUACUUCCAUACCUACCUAGGUACCGAACCUGACCUCUACUAGGCGCCAGAUAGGUGGACAGUCACGUCAUAUGGGUUGGGGCACCUCAGGUGCAGGUACAUAUGUGUCCAUAUGUUAGGUUAGGCACCUUUAGGUACCUACCUAUGUUGGCAUAUAGGCACCUGGGCAGGUACGUACCUAGGUAGUAGGCAUUUAGGACGCUGUUAUGAUCGUUUAUAGUAGGG